AUGCUAAGUGCUAAGAAAUUUCUUUUAUUGUUGAAUGCGAUAAGAGAAGUAUAUAUAGUUGGUUAUUGGCCACCAGGAUGUACCAAUAAUUUUCAAGCUAUACUCGAUCUACAAUUAACUGAUUAUUCUCAAAAAAUGGAAUUUUCAUUUUCAUUUGUCAAAUUCAAAAAUUAUUUUUGCAAUUAUUCUGAUCAUGUUGAGCGGUGAUCGUAUGGUUAUCAUAAUGGAAAAGUUGUGAAAUGUGCCAAAUGGAGUGAAGUAGUGAAACGCUUACAGGAAAUUGCAACUUGGAAAACGGGAGAAACGCUUUGGUUCUUUCCUGAUGAAUAUUUUGACCACAAUUAUUGUCGUAGCUUAAAUAUGUUUCGUAGCAAAAAAUUACAUGCAACACAUUCCUUGGAAAUUGCUGGCUCUAUGAGAACUUAUAAGGGGCCAUGGUGUUAUCGAAAGAACGAUAAACCAAGCAAAAACAUCGAUCAGAUAGUGCAAAAUGAAACAGAAGUUGAAAUUGGUCAGUCAGAUAUUCAAAAUGACUCACUAAUUUUCCAAAAUUAA